GGCAGCCGGAAGCAGAGUCUAGGAGAAGCCCCAGUGUUGAAGGCGGAGGUUCUGCGCAUCAGAGGCUAAGUUCCCCCAAUACCACCUUCGAUGGUCCCAGCCGCCAUCCCGGAACUUCCAUCCUCGUGACUCGCUCACUGCUCUGGAAUCAGUGCCUUAGGGAGGGUGGUUGCUGUAUUUGCUGCUGAGCUAUGAUUGCUUAGAUGUGAGCAGAGGACAGAAGGCAAUCCCAGGAGCACUGUUUCUGGAAUCCACCAGGCCCCUCUGGUUUCCCCACCUCUGCCUGUUGACAUCCUUAAAGCAGCUUCCCCUGAACGUCACGGGGUGGGGCCUCUGGUCACCCCCACCUCAUGAAAGAAAACCUAGAGCUGGGCAGUAGUGAAAGAGGUGUCAGAGUCUGUGUCCAAAUUUCCCCUUUUAUAAGGACACCGGUCAUACUGGGCGAGGGACUGUCUCUGACUUCACUGACACUUCAUGAAGACCAUUUUUGAUGAAGACCACAUUCUGAGAACCGCCUUCAGCAGUCAUGAGCCACACUGCUGUAGCUGACUUGGACCAUGUGUCUUGGUGGCCAGAAGCCACCAAGCCAUUUCUGGUGGGUGUAUGUGCAGGAGUGGUUUUCUGGGUCUGGUUGAAGUGGAUGCCCCCAAAGGAGUGACUCCUGAGAGGCAGAAGCAUCAUUUUUGAUAAAUAAACCAAUCCCAGAACAUCAGAGUAGAACACAGCUCAGAACGUCGUGUACCAACAGUUCUUUGAAACAAACUCCCUCUCAGCAUCUACCCGGAGGCUUAGCUCACAAACUGGAUGUUCCCUUACCAGCAAAAAAUGGCUUUUCUGAAGAUGAAGCUGAUAUACACUUGCCUUCUGGUAGUAGGGGCACUCUGUUUAUAUUUCAGCAUGGCUCCUUUUGAAGAAGUGCCAUUUAUUUUCAAGAAAAAACACGGGGAAUUCCUUCAGCUCCCGGAUAUUGAUUGCAGGCAGAAUCCCCCCUUCCUUGUCCUUCUGGUGACUUCGUCCCACAAGCAGGUGGCAGCUCGCAUGGCCAUCCGGAAGACGUGGGGGAGAGAAACGAUGGUGAGAGGGAAGCAUGUGAGGGCCUUCUUCCUCCUGGGGGCCACGGCUAGCAUGGAGGAGAUGACGGCGGUGACCCAGGAGAGUCAGCAGCAUGGUGACAUCAUCCAGAAGGACUUCAAGGAUGUCUACUUCAACUUGACCCUGAAGACUAUGAUGGGCAUGGAGUGGGUCCACCACUUUUGUCCACAGGCAAGUUUUGUGAUGAAAACAGAUUCAGACAUGUUUGUGAACGUCCACUAUCUCACCGAGUUACUGCUGAAGAAAAACAGAACGACGAGAUUUUUCACUGGCUACUUAAAGCUCAAUGAGUUUCCCAUAAGGAACAAGUUGAACAAGUGGUUUGUAAGUAAAUUUGAAUAUCCCUGGGACAAGUACCCGCCAUUUUGCUCUGGCACUGGCUAUGUCUUUUCCAGUGAUGUGGCAAGUGAGGUGUACAACGUGUCUGAAAGUGUUCCCUUCAUCAAGCUGGAGGACGUCUUUGUGGGGCUCUGCCUGGCCAAGUUGAAAAUCAAACCCGAGGAGCUGCACUCCCAGCGGACAUUUUUCCCAGAGGGGUUGCGCUUCUCCACGUGCCGCUUUCGGAAAAUUGUGGCCUGUCACUUUGUCACACCCAAAGAGCUGCUCACCUACUGGCAGGCUUUAGAAGGCUCCAGGGAGGAAGAUUGUCUGUCUGUCUGA